AUGAUUUGGCAAUGUGGUGGUGGCAUUCUGUUUGUUCCAUGCUCUCAUGUUGGUCACGUUUAUCGUUCACAUAUGCCGUACGGUUUUGGUAAACUAAGUGGAAAACCGGUCAUUUCUACUAAUAUGGUUCGUGUAAUUAAAACAUGGAUGGAUGAUUACGACAAAUACUAUUAUAUACGUGAACCAUCGGCAAAGCAUCGCCAGCCAGGUGACAUCAGCAAACAGUUGGAACUUAGACAGCGAUUGCAGUGCAAACCGUUCAAAUGGUAUAUGGAUAAAAUUGCCUACGAUGUGCUUUAUUCAUAUCCACUUCUGCCGGAGAAUCAGGUUUGGGGUGAGGCGAAGAACUUACAUUCGAGUAAAUGCAUUGAUACAAUGGGACGGCCGAUACCAGGCAUUGUCGGAGCAACACCUUGUCAUGGCUAUGGAGGCAAUCAGGUAUUGAGCAUUGUGAUUCGUCGAGCUUUCGCCUUAACUGGAGUAAUUUGA